AUGGGCGCCCAGAUGUUUGGGACGGCCGUAUACUCUCUUGAGAUACCGAGCAUCUACUUUGGCAUCACAAUCGGUCUUGCGAUACUUAUUUCUGUGAAAGCAUCCCAGCAAACUGUUCUGAUCUAUAUGAGAACGAACUCAGUCUUCAACCUUUAUGUGUGGAUGAUAUGGGUUCUACUUGUCGCCAACCUGCUUCAAGCGAUCGUCAACUGGUUGUUCAUUCGAGGUGAUUUAGCAGGAACGUUUGGUUUCUUCUUUGGGAGCUGCAUCCUGUGGUCGCUGCAAACGCAGUUAGCACUUCAAAUCAUCGCGAACCGUCUAGGCCUUGUCAUAGUCGACAAGAGAAGGGUAAAAAUUAUGAAGAUCUCCUUGCUUAUUGUAGUCGGCAUCAUCAAUAUCUCGGUUACCUGCAUCUGGAUCCCGGCGCGUCUAACACUAGAGGAACCAUUUGUGCGCAUCAACGAGAUAUGGGAUCGCAUGGAGAAGAUCAUCUAUCUCUUGGUGGAUCUCACUUUGAAUGCAAUUUUCCUCCGCAAAGUCCGACGGGAGUUGAUUGCCGGGGGUCUCACCAAAUAUUGGCUGUUGUUCAACUGCAAUGUCGCUGCCGUCUCAAUCUCCUUAUCCAUGGAUAUUCUUAUUAUCGUCAUGAUGUCGCUUCCGAACCCAUUUCUUUACGCCAUUACUCAUCCGGUUGCAUACAGUGUCAAACUCGUCAUCGAGAUGAUGAUGGCAGAUUUGAUAUCGACCAUCGCCCGACAACCACACCAGCUUCUCAGCCGCUCAGAUGUUUAG